AUGUCGGAAAGUAUUAAGGCAGGGUUAAAACCACCACCUCCAAUUUCAAAAAAUACGAUGAUUGGAAAGUCACCAAAAGACUUGCCUGGACCUAAAAAAUUACCAGGAGCAGGUUUGGUAAAGAUAAACUCAAAACCGGAUGAUUUGCCACAAUUGAAACCUCCGGCACCUAAAAGCCAGGUAACAAAGUCGGAGACACCUGAACCAAAAUCGGUAGUUUUAACAAAGCUCAAAGCAAGCAUCAAGCCUAUUACUGUGAAAAAAGUUGGUAUAGAUGCUCCUAAGAUGGGCUUACCUAAUAAAGAUGAUUCAUCUACGAAGCAGGGGUUUCCAAAAAUGCCAAUAAGUAAGAUAGAUUCUUCAAAAAGCGUUGCUUCUCUUGAAAAAGCCCCUCCAGCAAAAUCAGUUGAUUUGGCAUCAGUACCUUCAAAAAGCGAAGUAAAAACAACUCCAACUGUUAAAUUUCAAAUUCCGGUUACAGACUCGUCUACAAAAGCUGAAUCUAAGAUAGAACAAAAGUUGGAAUCUCAACAAGAGCCUUCUUUGCCAAAGUGCUCUGAGCCAAAAGCUAAUUUAAUUCCCUCCAAAGAGCAGACCCCAAAUCCUAAUUCGGUUCCGAAUAAGCCCCCUGUUCCUUCUCCAUCUAAUACUCAUGCACCGGCUAGCCAGGAAUCUGUCUGCUCAAAAAACCCAAUUAAUAAAACAAAUGUUAAUUCAGGAAUGAAUCCAAACAGUAACUUUCAGAAUGGAAUAUUACCCCAAAUGGGAGCUGGAAUUAAUGGAACUCCGAAUUUUCAAAAUUUAGACCCUGCAAUAUGGCAAAUGGUUACAACUAUCGCAGCAAUUUGUAGUGCCGCAUGUCAGAAUGGUGGAAGAAGUAGAAACAGACAUUGCUGUAGAAAACAUCAUUCUAGAAAGCAUAAAAAAGAAACUGAGCUUAAAGAUGUUGACAGCAAUAGUAGCAACAAGGAAUCAAUUGAUUUAAAUGAACUUCAAGUUGACCAAACUCCAAAAGAAAGUGUUAAUGACAAUAACAAAAAGACCGGCGAAAGAAAGUUAAAUCAAAAUGAUAAUACUGUUAGUGGGACUAAGUGGCAUGGAAUAGAGAAAAAGAUUGCUACGAUAAGAGGAUUAAGGGAUCUAGAAGAUUCUGAUUCCAAUUUCGAUGACGAUGAAUUGGCUGUAUCUAAUGCGUUGGCUCAAGGAAUAGGCCAACCACGAUAUUCUGAUGUGGUUGAAUUCCCUAGUGAAAUUCCAGCAUUUAACGGACAUUCAAAGACCAGAAGAUAUCUAGCAAAACAAGGAGUCUGUACUGGUCCAAAGUUUUCAAAGAGCCCAUUUGUAGGCGGACUUUCUGCAGCAAGAAGAAGACCAUAUAGCAGUCUCACUGAAAUGGCAGCUUAUUUCUCAAAUAUUGAACCUCAAGAUCAAAAUGAUGUUAUUGUUAUGCUCUUGGCAUGUAGAAAACUUGAAAAACAAAUUGAAGAACAACAGGUAGUCAUGCAACUUUUAGAACAUGAUUUAAAGGAAGCACAAUCCCUAUUGAGGUUCCCCCCAGAAUGGAGAUCUCUCAACAGUAAUGAGGUCUUGGGCCAUUCUCCAUUGCCUGCUGGACAGAUUCCAUCAACCAACGAUCCUCCAUACGUUUCGAAUCAUCCUAACAUCGAACCACCUUGGGUUAAUAAGAGACCUAAGGAUGGACUACCUUCAAGGGCAUCUACAAAACUAUAA